AUGCUUGUUUCCGCGAUUCCAGAGCACUUGCAGUGCCCCCGAAAGGUAGCUGCCAAAGGACCACCUGACUUUAUACCUCCUUUCCCGGCCUAUAGUGCCGGCUUCCCCAAAGACACGAAAGACCUUGUGUUUGCUGUCAUUGGUGCUCAGUACACCUCCGCUGAUAGGGCAAAUGGAGAUGCCAUCGCGCAAUUGACCAAUUUCACUGCCUCCAUGGCCGUCGAAAUCGAAGCCCGUCCCCAGUUCGCUGAAUGGGCUUCGGUAACCGACAACCUGGGCUACUACAAUAUUGUUCAUUUGGCUUACUGGCCCAGCAAACCUGCAUACGAACAGUGGGCUGGCGAUUCGGGUUUCCGAAAAUGGUGGGAGAGCCUUGACCUCGAUUCACAAAGCCACGGAUGGUUCCUCGAGACAUUUCUCCCCACCAUCGACCGAUUCGAAACCAUCUUUUCCAACAACGAAGUUCCCGAGGGGGCGGCACAUAUGAGAGAGCGGGUGAUCGGUCCCAUCAAGGAACAUGUGUACUGGGGUAGCAUGCGCGAUCGUAUGCCUGCUGCCCAGAGUGAUAAACUCGUAGGAGAAAAGAUCGAGCAGACCAAACCGAACGGCGUCAUUGCGCACAGCGAGGUGAAAGCGGAUCAUGACAAGACACCAAAACCAUCCAGUGUUCGUAUCCCGGGCAAAAGUAACCUGGCUGUCAUACGGUCUGGCCAGGACUGGUCUGGUACGCUGCCCGAAGAGCGAAAACUCUACCUCGAGACUAUGCAUCCUGUUUUGAUCAGAGGCAUGGACUUCUUGCGGGACCAAGGUAGUGAUGUUGGUUGUCACAGCUGUCGCUUCAUGGACCUCAUCGAUCCUGCGACGGGAAAAGCAGACAAGGAUCGCACCUUUGGACUGGCUUUCUUCGAUGAACUCGGUUCGCUCGAGGGAUGGGCCAAGCAACAUUCGACACAUUUGGAAAUCUUUGGGGGGUUCUUGCAAUACGCAAAAAAGCUUGACAACAAUGUUUCCCUUCGAUUGUUUCACGAAGUCUUGGUACUCAAACCGGAGCAGCAGAUGUUUGAAUACGUUGGUUGUCAUCCAAGAACUGGCUUGUUGGCAAUUUCUUGA